CCGAGUUUUUUAGUCCAAGCUGGCGUCCCUCCCAGACCUCGUUGAGCAGCUCCUGCACCUUGUAGCGUCGAAUACUUCAAGUCCAAACGCUACCGUGACUACCAAUGGCACCUCAUCGCAUAUGACGACACCUGCUGCCUUGAAUGGGAUUCGGCUCAUUGUCUCCUUGAUUCUUUCGAUCUCUGCUCUGAGAGACUGGGCAAAGCUUUUGAUUAUUGGUAGCUUCUUUGAGACAUGUCGACGCCUCCUUGCCACACUCUGGUCGUCCACGAUCGAUUCUUUCUUUCUCACUGCGUCGUUUGAGGAUUACGAUGACAGUUACAAAUGGAUGAUGAUCUGGCUUUCCAAGCAACCAUCCUGGAAGAAUGUGCGCAACGUAAAUAUCAGCACUAGCGAAAGGUAUUUGGGGAAUGUUCCUCGUUCCGAAGAGGAGCUUGAUCCAUCUGGGAAGCCCAAAGUCUCCUACCUGCCAGCAGUCUCCGGGUCUUAUACUCUAUGGUACAAAUACACAUGGAUGCGGAUUACCCGUAUUUCGGAGCCAAUACCUGGUUGGGGCCCGAACAACAGGGACUCAUUGACUAUCAGCAUCCUCGCGCGCAAUCAUGACAUUCUAAACACUAUCCUACAAGAAGCUAAAAAGGCCUAUCAGGAUGCGCAAGGCAGCUCCAUUACUGUCUACGUUUCUGAUUCUGCGAAUUGCUGGAGAGAACUUGCUAAGAGACGCAAGCGGCCUCUGGAUUCUAUUAUCCUAGAUCCUGGAAUUAGGGAACUUGUUGUUGAGGACGCGCAAGAUUUCCUUGCCAGUAAACGGUGGUAUGCUGAACGAGGAAUUCCUUUCCGCCGUGGUUACUUACUGUAUGGGGCACCUGGCUCAGGGAAAACGUCUCUAAUUCAUAGCAUCGCGGGCGAACUGGAACUUGAUGUUUACAUCAUCUCCCUCUCCCGCAGCGGCCUUGACGACACUGGACUUUCUGAACUCAUUUCAGAUUUGCCGGAGAGAUGCAUCGCUCUCAUGGAAGACAUCGACGCUGCUCUCCAUAACAGUCUUUCGCGGGAGGACCCUCCCACACCACCGAACAAAAGCGCCGAGUCCAUCCCCAUCCCCAGCCCUGGGCUGCCCACUCACACUACUAGCAGGGUUUCGCUCAGUGGCCUACUUAACGCAUUAGACGGCAUUGGCGCACAAGAAGGACGGAUACUGUUUGCUACGACGAACAAGUAUUCAUCCCUUGACCCUGCUCUAUGUCGUCCCGGUCGUAUGGACCUCCAUGUUGAAUUUAAGCUUGCGAGCAGACAUCAGGCAGAAGAGCUGUUCAGGCGUUUCUACCUGCCUUCCUCGCCCAAGACCCCCGCAGAUGACGACCAAGAACCAAAUUCCAAUCCUGCUCAGUCCCAUCCUAAUGGCUCCACACAUGACGGAGGUGCCUCCAACCUAAUUGAUCUUGGCGUCCCAGAAAACACUGUAGACUCCCCUCUCCCCUCUCCUUCAGCCUGUUCUGAAAAAUCUGAGCGCGUGGCUCCGACGUACAUAGGCACGCGUCACCGUGGACAUGCACCAAAGCUUUUGAGCAAACAGCUUUCUGCGCUUGCUGCACAGUUUGCGUCAGCUAUUCCGGAGCGUGAGGUGUCGAUGGCUGCUCUGCAGGGUUAUUUGAUGUCGCAGAAGAGCAGGCCUUUGGAGGCGGCCAGAGAUGUCUCUACUUGGCUUCAAAGGGAGCUGGCGACAAAGAAAGCUGAAAGUGAGACAAAAUCAUGACAUGAUGCUAUAUUUCGUCUGUAGAUUGGUCGUGUUGUAUCAGGUAUCCAUUGUAUCCAUUGCUUCAUCUUCAAGUCAACUACGCACGAUACUAGUAGCAAUCAAAUUCUAGGACAAUUACACUAGGGGUCGGCGUUGCCAACAUGGACCUUGCUCAGUACUAGUUUAUUGUUUGUCGCGACCAAACCCACAUUUUCUGUCUCUAUAUUAUUCA